UUUUCGACAGCAGUGUGUUUCCUGGCUGGCUACUCCAGCCUCGAAGGCUCCAGGAUCUUCGUAGCAACUUUUUUUGACGAACAAUUGCACAAUGCAGCAACCACCUCCUAAACCAUGGGAGAGACGAAUUCCCGGAGCAAUUAAUGCGCCUCUGAGCUAUCGUUCCACAGACUUUGGGUCAGCAGUACCGAUCGCUGGUCCAUCCACCUCCGCUCCUGCAGGUCUAACGCGGAUAGCCCCUCCUCUGCCUCCCAGACCUGUCCAGCAGUCCUACCGGCCAGCGUUCGGCUCCUACCCCUCCUCCCACGGCCUCUAUGGCACCUCCAUGUAUGGUGGUUACAGCCCCUAUGGCUACGGGGGCUACGGCAUGGGCGGAGGCGCUAUGGGGUACAGUCGCUUCGGUGCGGAGGAGACACCACCCAGCCGCUUUGUGCAGCAGGCGGAGGAGAGCAGCCGGCGUGCGUUCCAGUCCAUCGAGAGCAUCGUGCAGGCCUUCUCGUCGGUCAGCAUGAUGAUGGACGCCACCUUCUCGGCCGUCUACAACAGCUUCCGCGCCGUGCUGGACGUGGCCAACCACUUCUCGCGCCUGCGCGCCCACUUUGCCAAGGUGCUGUCGGCCUUUGCGCUGGUGCGCACGCUGCGCUACCUGUACCGCCGGCUGCAAAGGCUCCUGGGACUGCGGCAGGAUGGGGAGGUGGAGGACCUGUGGGCGGACAGCGAGGCCAGCGCGGCGGCUGUUGCCCUGUCGUCUGCCGCCAGCGGGGGGAGGGCUGGUGACGCGCCGGGAGACUCCCAGGUGAAGUCCUGGCCCAUCUUCCUGUUCUUCGCAGUAGUGCUGGGUGGGCCAUAUCUCAUCUGGAGGCUGCUGAGGUCUGCUGAGGGCCCAGAGGAUGCAGCCACCAACUGGGCCAGUGGCGAGGAUGACCAUGUGGUGGCCAGGGCAGAGUACGACUUCACGGCUGCCUCCGAGGAGGAGAUCUCCGUCCAGACCGGAGACAUGCUGAAUCUCGCACCCAAAGAGCAACAGCCUCGUAUUCGCGGCUGGCUUCUGGCCAGUCUUGACGGCCAGACCACCGGCCUGGUGCCCGCCAACUACGUGAAGAUCCUGGGCAAGAGGAGGGGCAGGAGGCAAGCGGAGCAGGAGAGGCUGGCACAGCAGCAACAGCAGGCGGCAUCCUUCUCUGCCCCUCAAUCUGACCUCACCUCUGUCUCCGUCUCUGCAUCAGCAUCUGGCACCAGCCCGGCCUCGAUGCUGCCCCCUAGCUGUCCGGAAGACAUGCUGGAGGCGGUGUUUCGAGACACGCCCGUUCCACGCUCCCCCACGAUAGGCACGUCAGCAGUCACGGCAUCAGACAAGAUGGAUCUGUUAUAGAGACAUGAGCCUGGAGAGAGUGUGUGCGUGUGUCUGUGAGUUGUGUGUUCUCUGAAUGUAUUGGAAGCCACCCUUUCUCUGUGUUUAUUUGGUGGGAAUGUUCAUCCCCUCAGCUAGCAGGUCUUGAAAACUGUGGCCUUGCAUUGGGAGUGGGCAGACGUCGUAUUGCUGCACUGCAAUUCAAUUCAACUGCUUCAAGCCCCUCAUUAUUGAGCAUGUAGCACACAUGCCCAGAGCAAGGCUUCACAACCCAGUUUAAGAACAACGUAGGACUCUUUGUGCUGCAGAAAUGGAAAGUCUGAAAUCAUUGCCAUUCAGUCCUUUGUCCUGUCAGGCCACUGUUCAGCUUUAUCAUUGGUGAUAAUAAGUGUACGCCUCAAGACAGAAUGUUUGCCAUUUUAUGAAAGGCUGUGAUUUAAGGUUGCUCUGUUGCAAUACUGUACAAUACAAGUGUAGAGAAAUAUUAUGACCUGUAUGUAUGUUAAAGAUAAUUAAGUUGAAUCAAAGCUUUGACUUGUCCUGGUGUUAUGUGGUCAUAACACAUGUUUUGGGUUUCGUUGGUGAUGUAAGUAAGAAAUGAGGCAAGAAUAAUUUCAUCUUGCCUUGUAAUGAGUUAUGAAUGAGGUUUUUUUAUCAUUUCAAAAUUCCACCACCCUUU